GUUGAAGAAGAUGUAGAUAGCAAUGACGAAGUUGAUGAGGUUCUUGCGCAAGAGCACUACCUUGAACUGAUCGAUAAUCCGGGAUACAUCAAGAAACGGUCCAAAUCAAAGGUUAUCCGUUAUCGAAUGUACAAUAUCCACACAGAGCCGCAACAGUUCUACAGGGAGUUGCUGAUGCUCUAUUACCGCUGGCGAAACGAAGAAGCGGAAAUUGUAAAUAUCGACUGCGAAGUGCUGUUCCACAUUCGUAGUGAUGAAAUCAUGCAAAACAGAGGAAAGUACCACUACUUUCCAAACAGUGUGGUGGAGGAUGCCAUGGAACAAGCGCAAAACGAUGCUCAAGCUCGAGAAGCAAGCGUCGACACGGAUCCAAUAGCUCCAACAUUUGACUUCAACAACGACUACCGUGUCGGGCCGGAAGUGAUUCAUAUUGAAGACGGACAGUACAGUAAAUGUGGGACAUGCCCGAUGAGGUUCUGA